GAUUGGUGACGUUGUUGUCAUAUGACGAAAAGACGUGCUUUCUUGUAAUAAAUUAUGUAGAUAUUCGCAUAGACUGUUGUAUGGAACUAUUCAAGGACUCAAAGAAUGCAAAAAUCCUAGGAUCAUAUUUAGUUAGAACAAUAAUAUCCAUAGUCUUGUGAUCAGAGCGAACUCAAAAUGGGGGCGUUACUAAGGAGUGAAGAGAUGACAUUAUGUCAGUUAUUUCUCCAAUCAGAAGCUGCUUACACAUGUGUGUCUGAGUUAGGAGAACUUGGACUUGUACAAUUCAGAGAUCUGAAUCCUGAUGUAAAUGCAUUUCAGCGAAAGUUUGUGAAUGAAGUAAGAAGGUGUGAUGAAAUGGAAAGAAAAUUAAGAUUUCUUGAAAAGGAAAUAAAGAAAGAUGGUAUACCAAUGUUAGAUACUGGAGAUAAUCCUGAUGCUCCUGCACCAAGAGAAAUGAUUGAUCUUGAGGCAACCUUUGAAAAGUUAGAAAAUGAGAUGAAGGAAGUGAAUGCUAACUCUGAAGCAUUGAAGAGAAAUUUCUUAGAACUAACAGAAUUGAAACACAUACUCAGGAAGACACAGACCUUUUUUGAAGAGGCUGAAAUUCAUCAUACUCAGGCAAUACACGAUCCCUCACUGACAGACGAGACCAUGGGACUCCUUGGAGAGGAAACAUACAGAUCUGGACAAGCCUUGAAGCUCGGGUUUGUUGCUGGAGUUAUACUGAGGGAGAAGAUACCAGCUUUUGAGAAGAUGUUGUGGCGAGUUUGUAGAGGCAAUGUUUUCCUCCGUCAGACUGAAAUCGUAAACCCACUUGAAGAUCCUGUUACGGGAGAUCAAGUGUACAAGUCGGUGUUCAUCAUAUUUUUCCAAGGAGACCAGUUGAAAUCAAGAGUGAAGAAAAUUUGUGAAGGUUUUAGAGCUACACUGUAUCCCUGUCCAGAGACUCCAGCAGAGCGAAGGGAAAUGGCUAUAGGUGUAAUGACAAGAAUUGAAGAUCUGAAUACUGUUUUAGGACAGACCCAGGACCAUAGACAUAGAGUUUUAGUAGCAGCAGCUCGAAACAUAAAAGUCUGGUUCAUCAAAGUACGAAAAAUAAAAGCCAUUUACUAUACACUGAACCAGUUUAAUAUAGAUGUAACUCAGAAAUGCUUGAUAGCAGAAUGCUGGUGCCCUGUUGAAGAUUUAGAUAGGAUACAACAAGCUUUAAGGAGAGGAACAGAAAGAAGUGGAAGUUCUGUACCAUCAAUUCUGAACAAAAUGGGUACCAAACAGACUCCUCCAACUUACAACAGAACAAAUAAAUUCACUGAAGCAUUUCAAGGCAUUGUUGACUCCUAUGGAGUUUCUACCUACAGAGAGAUUAACCCAGCUCCAUUUACUAUUAUUUCAUUUCCAUUCCUGUUUGCUGUGAUGUUUGGAGACAUUGGUCAUGGUUUGAUUAUGGCAAUAUUUGGAAUAUUCCUUAUUGUAAGGGAGAAAUAUUUUAUGGCUAAAAAGAUUGAAGAUGAGAUUUUUGCCACAUUUUUUGGUGGAAGAUACAUUAUAACGAUGAUGGGAUUAUUUUCUAUUUACACUGGAUUUUUGUAUAAUGAUGUGUUUUCAAAGUCACUUAACGUGUUUGGGUCGUCAUGGUUUCCUAUUGAUCCACAAACACACAAAACAUAUACAAGUGCAACUUUACAUGGAUCUUCUAAUUUGCAAUUAGACCCUAAUACUUCUUUUGUUGGAAGUGGACCAUAUCCAUUUGGACUAGACCCAAUAUGGCAGAUGUCUACUAACAAAAUCACAGCAACAAACUCUCUGAAGAUGAAGCUCUCAGUCAUAUUUGGAGUCACACAGAUGUUGUUUGGUGUAAUUCUUAGUCUCUUUAAUCAUAGACACUUUAAAAACAACUUGAACAUUAUAUGUGAGUUCAUUCCUCAAGUGAUAUUUAUGUGCAGUAUAUUUGGUUACUUGUGUAUCCUGGUUUUCUACAAGUGGACACAUUUUACAGUUAAUGAUUUAGGAAAAGAUCCAAAUCUUCUUAUAGGGUUAAUCAACAUGUUUCUGAUGCAAAGAAAAAAGACAGACGUUCCUAUGUAUCCCGGACAGUAUGGCUUUGAGAAGUUCUUAGUUUUCCUGGCUGCUAUCUGUGUUCCAUGGAUGUGGCUAGCUAAACCUUUGUGGCUGAGACACCAACACAAAUAUGGACAGUAUCGGUACAGACCUGUUGCGACACAAAAUGGUAACUUAAUUGAUAUUGACAACGAACAUGAGGAUGUUAUUUACCACGAUGAAUUUGACACAAAACACACGGAUGACAAUGAGGAAGAGGAGUUUGAUUUUGGCAAUACGUUUAUCCAUCAGUCUAUUCAUACCAUUGAGUAUUGUCUAGGAUGUAUUUCCCAUACUGCAUCGUAUCUACGAUUGUGGGCCCUUAGUCUUGCUCAUGCCCAGCUAUCAGAAGUGCUAUGGUCCAUGGUGAUGCGAAUCGGACUGAAUUUUGCAUUUCCAAUUGGUGUAUUUUUACUGGUACCCUUGUUUGCAUUCUGGGCAGGAGCAACUGUAGUAGUCCUGGUAAUGAUGGAAGGGAUGUCUGCUUUCCUGCACACCAUUAGAUUGCAUUGGGUUGAGUUUCAAUCCAAGUUUUACAAAGGAGAAGGUGAGAAGUUCCAACCAUUCACAUUUGAAGACCUUAGCCAAUACAGUGUUGAAGAUUAAAACAUCCCACCAAACCAUUACAGCUUUAAUAGCUUAAUGUAUACCAAAAUAAUUCGUGGACAUGCAAUCGUUGGACUGAAAUUGUGUGCAGAUAUUAAAACGUUGACAUUUGUUCAGCAUUUGCUUUUGGUUAUUUUAAGUUUUUUCUCUCAGUUUCAAGUAUCUGGUCUUUCUUUCUAUAAAUUUUUAUUUAUUUGAAAUAUACACUUUUUAUUUAUUGAGAUCAGAUAAAGCAUAAUAACUUACUGUAUUACUUUACACACAAGGACUGUUAUUAAAUAAAUAAUUUCUUGGGGCAAAUUACCCAUUUUGUACUAUUAAGAUGUCACCAAUCAAAUUCAAGUAUUUUUCACACCAACAAAAUGAUACAAGAAUGGGGAGCCUUUUAUAUACAAAAUUUCAUUAUAAUGAUUAUAACUUAACAGAUUUUUCUAAUUUAACUCUGUAAAUUUCCACUUUGAUAUUAUAUACCUCAGUAUCCUAUCUAUCAGGAGAUAAUUUCUAGCUUUCUGUACUCAGAUUUUAUUUCUUUAAGAGAGCUUUUGGACAGAUACAGAGACCCAAUCAUACCACAGUUUUGCUUGACCGUGGGCUAAUGCUCAUGUUAAAAUCUUUCGACAAAAGGAUGCAAAAUAUUUUCAACAUAUACAUUUUAGUAGUACUUGUAGAUUUCAGCUGUCUGUCACUUUCAUGCGAUUAACAUUUGUAUCAUGUGAUUCAAUCAGUAUCAUGUGAUUCAAUCAUUAUUUGGUGAUUAAUAUUAAUUGGUAUCAUGUGACUCAAUCAGUAUCAUGUGAUUAACACUGAAUCUCAAUUUGUUAUUCUUUUAAUUAUUUGUUGUUGUAAAUAAUUAUCUCUAAAUUAUUACUGUUUACAUAUAGAGUUUGUGGUUGUGUUUAAGUGUUAUUAUAAUCUUUUAUAUCAUAUGUGUCAGUGAAAAAUUGAGUUUAUGAACGAAAGGUAAAAAAAGUUAUGUCAUAGUUUGAAUUAGUAUUUGACAAUUGUGUUUAUGUAUGGUAUUUUGAAAAAGGAAAUUUACAGUUUUUGAAGUACUCAUUUUAUGAAUUGAGUGAAAUUUUUCAAUCUUGAAUCACUUUGGCACCAACAAAGUAGCCAAGUAGAUGUUCUUUAUUGAUAUUGUUGAAUAAUGUAAUAACUGUGAUUUAGAAAUACCGGAGUACUUUAGGUCUUUGUAAGGUUUCCUUGAGUGAUAGUAACAUCUGAUAAAACAAUUUGAAACAUUUGAAAAGAAGUAUAAUAAUGCCACUUAUUUUGCCUCAUGAAUUUCGAAAAUAAAAAAGUUUUAUAAAUCUAUCAAAUAACACCCUUCAGAUGUUGAUAAGACAUAAGUAUUGGUAUCAGGGCUUCAAACUUCUUACAUUUAGUGCAAAGAAAAAAGCCUAUCAAAAUAGCCUUGUCAUUGCUUUACACCUUAUCGCUAUUUGUCCUCCAUUACUGGACAUCACAAAGGUUCCUGUAAAAUUUUGACGUCACAAUAGAAAAUAUCUUGACGCCACAAUGGAAAAGUGAUUGUUGUAUGACGUCAAAAGUUCAAGCAGCGCAGAUUACCAGGUCAACCGGCACAGAUUUCCAAAUAGCGAUAAGGUGUAUUUAGAUAUGAGCAACAGCUUUACUCAAAAAGAUAGUUUGCUAUGAAAUGUAUUUUACAUGAUGUUAAAGUGUGUAAAUUGGGUAAAGCUGUUGCUCUUAUAUAUAUUGGCCAAAAAACUAUAUAUAAAAUUAGAUCAAAUUUGUAAAUUGCUACAUCUUUAUGAUGUAAAAGUCACAUAAUUACAAGCGAUCUUCUGCAUUAAAGUGUCCAGAUUAUAUAAACUUGUUCAUUUAUCAAUAAAAUUAACAUAAUUUUGAAAGACUUGAUUAAGUUUAGUAUUUUUGACAUUUUAGGGGCCAAAUAAUAUCUCUUAUCACACUUCCUUUUACUCUCUGGUAGAAUCUAUAUUUACUUAAAAUAAUUAAUAUACCUGUACAUGAUAUAACCGAUAUGUAUUCACUAAGAACAUGUAUGUAUAUACACUAACAUUCAGAAUGCAUAAUAAACAUUAUUGUAAUGCAACACUAUUUGACAGUAGAGCUGCAAAAAAAUUUGUUAAAAGAUGACUUUCUCUUUUAUAAUUUUACCAAAGGAUAUCUUAGUGGACAUUUUUUUUUUAAUUAAAAAUAAAACAUGUUACCAGUGAUAAGAACAUAUGCAUACUGUUUGAUAAGAGCUGCUGUAACAAAGAUUUGAAGAAAUCCUUAGUCUACCUCAAAGAUUAGAUCUUUCAUGAGUGUGUAUGGAUUAUUGCUUACUAAUACUGUAAAAACACUAAUCUUAUUAAUUUGUAAGGGUUUUUUUGCUUACUAAUACUUCCCAUAUGAAAACUAGUAAGGAUAUCAUUAAGUAUGUAUACUAUCCAAUAGAAAAUACACCUCGUUUCAAUAAAACGUAGACCUACAGAUAGUACAUGAAUUCGAAUAGUUGAAGCAACUUUUGAUUAAAAUUUUUUUUUUAUAAAUUUAUUAAUUGACCUAUUUGUCAUUUGGACAUAUUAUGUAAAAUAAAUUCUGAAAAGGUACUAUGAAUUUCUUAGAAAGUUUAACAAGUAAUUUUGUCUGUGAAAAUUGUAUAAAUGUUGUCCAAUGUUGUUGAUCUUUACUUAUCAAUAUAGAAUUCAGUCCUAUGUGCUUCAUACUUUUCCAGGACUGAAAUAACAAAAGAUAUUAGUAUUUUUUCAUAAAGAGAUAAUUAAAAAGUAAAUAUUUAUAGAUCGAUGUCAUAUUAAUCACUCCUUCUACUAUUUGAAGUUCAGUCAAAGGUUACAAUACUAGUCAAAUCAGAAAUUGAGAUUUUAAGAGAUACAAUCAAAAACAGUGAAAUCUGUCUAGACUGAACCAUCUUCGCUAGCCAAGGGUUACAAGCCACUUUCCUCCUCUCCACCCUUGGCAGAUUAAGCCAACAUUUGUGAUAACAAUGUUGCGCCAUCUAUCGGUAGAUUAAAGUCACGCCCAUUCCGAAUACAUUAUUCUUGACCAAUGGUAGCACAUGAACUCUUCAAUUUGGAGGUAAAAACACGGGAGCGUCUAGAUUCUACACACUUGGUAAAGCAGGAAACGAAAUAUACGUUGACAUUCAUGCAUUUGUGCAAGAAACAUAUACAGGAACUUCUAUUAAUUGAUUAAAAACAUUCAAAUGUCACUAAAUAUAGUCGCAUGUUUAGGGAUGUAAAGACUUGUUGCACAAUAAGCACGUGGCAAUUGUUUACAUACACUUUCUACAUUUACACGUGAUCAUGUUAUAGGCGUUUUUUGAUUGGAUGCAGCAAGUUUUGACUGCAACCAAUGAAAAUCAUUACCUUGUGUCUCCGAAAUUCUAUCUCAAUCUGCCAAGGGUGGAGAGGAGGGAAGUGGAUCGUAACCCUUGGCUAGCGAAGAUGAGACUGAACCCAAUAUACCUUAAAUCUGUCUACACUGAUUCCAGUCUACCAGAAAUCUGUAUAGACAGAUGUGACAAUUGACCAUAAAAAAAAUUAUUUUUACUGUAUCCAAAAGGCCACAAUUGACUCUUGAUGUUAAAGGUAAUUCCUGCCCAUAUAGUUAGUACACCUUAUAGUAAAAAUGUAGUAUUUCUGAUAGUGAAUGAUGUUAUUUGUUGUUUGAAUGUGUUGUUAAUGGUGAAAUAAAUAUGCUUGAUCUUUA